AUGGAGGAGGUGGAAGAUAAACAUGGGAUAAUGUGACACAAACUACAGCAAUGUCGUCUGCUAAACCAAAGCGAUUUACCCUCAGGGGUGUACUGGAUGGACUUCGGUCCUCUGUCAGUACACCACCAAAAAAUGAGAUGGAAAUUGAGGAGACGUUACGGUCAGAACAUUUCCAAGUCUGCAAGACCGUCAGAUAUGGCUUCCCAUUCCAGCCAACUUCUGUCGCUUUUGAUCCAGUUCAACAUAUUUUAGCUAUUGGAACAAAAACUGGGUCAUUGCGAAUAUUAGGUAGACCGGGAGUGGACAGCCACUGUAUGCAUGAUGCAGAAGUUGCAAUCACACAAAUAUUAUUUCUUGUUAAUGAGGGUGCUCUUGUGACGGUUUGCUCAGACGACAGUCUUCACUUAUGGAAUUUCCGCCAAAAAAGGCCUGAGAUUGUACAUUCACUAAAGUUUCAAAGAGAAAGAAUCACUUUUUGUCACCUGCCCUUCCAGAGCAAGUGGCUGUACAUAGGAACAGAACGAGGAAAUGUGCAUGUUGUAAACAUAGAGUCUUUCAUUCUUUCCGGAUAUGUUAUCAACUGGAACAAAGCAAUUGAGCUAUCUAGGAAAACACAUCCUGGUCCCAUAGUACAUCUAAGUGACAACCCUAUGGAUCCCAACAAGCUCCUAAUAGGUUUUGAAUCUGGAACCAUCGUCUUUUGGGACCUUAAAAACAAGAUAGCUGAAAGUCGAUACAGUUCCCCUGAGGCGUUGCGGUCAGUUACCUGGCACCAUGAAGGGAAACAGUUCAUGUGUAGUCACUCAGAUGGCAGUCUUACGACAUGGAAUUUUAAAAUAGUACAGAAACCGAUCAAUGUCAUGUACCCACAUGCCAAAUUUGGCAAGGAUGGUAAACCGGAUCCUUGUAAACCAAUCACACGAGUUGACUGGAAGUCUAUUAGAAAUGGUGAGCCGUUGGUGAUAUUUUCUGGUGGGAUGUCGUACGACCGUGCAGGACGUACUCCCAGCAUCACAGUCAUGAAUGGGAAGAGUACCACGGUACUAGAGAUGGAACACAACGUUGUGGAUUUUGUUGUUCUAUCGGAAACUCCCUGGGCUAAUGCAGAUUUCAAUGAACCCUAUGCCAUAGUGGUGCUGCUGCAAAAUGACCUCGUAGUGGUGGACCUCACCUCGCCAGGGUACCCGUGUUUUGAGAACCCGUACCCAAUGGACCUGCAUGAGUCUCCAGUGACGGCCUGUCAGUAUUACGCAGACUGUCCGCACGAUCUCAUCCCCGCGCUCUACUCUGUCGGACUCAAACAGAAGAAGAGUGGCUUCAGUGAAAAGAGGUGGCCGAUACAAGGUGGAGAAUGGGGAACGACAGCUUGUAGUUACCCAGAAAUUAUCAUUACUGGUCAUGCUGAUGGAUCAGUAAAGUUCUGGGAUGCUUCAGCAGUGAUGUUGCAGGUCCUCUACAAAUUAAAAACUGCCAAAAUGUUUGACAAACCGAAAAAGUCACAGGAUGGACAAGAUGACGACCCGUUUGCCAUCCAGAUAAUCUACUUGUUACAGGACAGUCGCAUGAUGUGUAUCGCUGGUGCUACGCAUUGCAUCUUGUUUCGCUUCAGCAAGCAAGAAGCAAACAUUGAAAUCCCAGUUUUAGAGGUGUCUAUAGUGUAUGAGAUUUACGAUGAGCUGGAUUCUCCGGAGUAUGAGUACCCUAGACCAAGUUUGGCUGUAGCGUCCCAGCAGAGUAGCAGUAUGGGGUCCUAUUCCAGCAACGCGUCAGACCCAACCAAACAGACAGAAAGCACAUCAAUAAAAGUGAAAACAAAAGGAUGGAAAUGGAGUUCAGGUUUUCAGCCCGAAUUGGUCUGUAUGCUGAACCUUGUGGAUGGGGAUCCGGCUGCCAACAUCACUAGCAUUUCCGUAAACUCCACUUAUGGAUUGUUAGCAUUUGGCAAUGAAUCGGGAUUAGCCAUUAUAGAUUAUAUACAGAAAACUUGCCUCUUGAAUCUGGGUACUCCAGAUUUGUAUGGGUCGAUGGAUCCAUACCAGAGAGCCCCGAGGUCACCCCGGAGUAAGAAGCCGACAAAUGCUGAAGGAUGUCCGCCAAACUCAGAGGAGUGCAAGUCCCCAACCACAGACCCUUUGUGGCCAUCACAGUGUCCUGUGAAUGGUGCGGGCCCCACUGUUCCUGUCAGCAGUCAGCCUCCGUCCAAGUGCAAACAGAACACAGAACCUCCCCCUCGGCCACCGCAGCCCAUUGGCUUGCCAUCAGUAAACAACAAACAUGUAAAAUCAUCAAGCACUCCAAGCUCUCCUAGUGUGAAACCCGAGGAGGAAAGCUUCACAUCGUAUGAGAUUAUUGAACUUACACAACCUCCAUCUCCGGACGUGCUUGUUUCAGACAGUAGCGACUGUAUAUCGGCUUCUAAAAGAUCUAGUCAGAACGAUGACAGUUCCAACAUUACCUCAAGUAAAUCCACUGCUUCUUCAAAACGACCUGCUGGCAUGCAGUCGGUAAAGACCAAGGAGAGACUGAUUAAAAAGACUCGUUCCGCUGACCUGUUUCAUGUCCCCAAGUGUGUGGAAUCUCGUUUACAAGAACAACACCAACAUAAGCUCAGAAAAGCGGCCUCUAACCCAGACCUGAAUGAUAUGGGUGACAAACAGACUUUCGUUAAAUUGCCUAAAAGCCGGCAGAUGAAGAAGACAGUGGUCAAACGGGUUGACGAUAAUGUCCAUGUAGCAGAUGUCCAGCGUCUGUUUCCGGAAGAUGCUGUUCCCUGUGACCGAUUGAAUGAGAUCUCCCGAGACCUCGAUGGUCCACAGAGCAAAGGACUGCUGCGUAGAAUGAGCACAACUAUUAAAUCUCUGCGGAAAUCGAGCAAAAACAGCGACAAUGAUGAAGAGCGGAAAAAUGUAAAAGAUCAUUGCAAUGUUUGGAGAAAACAUUCUAAUGUGGAAAUGUUAGAUUUGCGGGAAGACAAUAAGAAGCGAAAUUCUGGAAUUGUUGACUUUCUGUAUGGAAUGAAAUUAGAUCGGAAUGAAGGGACGUCGUUCUCGCGCUCCCGCAGCUCCAGUAUGUCCAGUCUGGAGAACGUCACCAAGGAAGCGAUUCAGUCCUUAACGUUUGCUGAUUCAUACACCAGGAAAACAGACAACUUCACCUGCCCAUGUCUAUGGGUUGGCACUAGUCUGGGAUCUGUUAUUGUGAUAGUGCUCAAUUUACCCCCCUCAGGAGAACAAAGAGUUAGUCAGCCUGUUAUAGUGUCACCUAGUGGUACAAUAUUUCGUUUAAAAGGAGCGAUAUUAGCCAUGUCUUUUUUGGAUUGUAACGGAGUGUUGAUACAAGCGUCGUCGGAGGCAUGGAAAGAGGCUCGAGACAACAAAGAGAUGAAUGAAAAACCUCCCAAGCUUAAAGUGAGCCUUCUGGACAUGAGAGCAGGAGGUCAAAUGUCGACGGCGGGCAAACCACGGAUCUCUCCCACAUCAUCAACUGAGGUGAAUGACAGACAGUUUGCUAUUAUCUGCUCGGAAAAACAAGCACGGGUGAUGUCUCUUCCUUCCCAAACCUGUGCAUAUAAAGUGAAAAUCACAGAAACCUCUUUUGUGAUCCGUGCUGAAGUUGUUUCCAUUAGAGAGAGUGUUUGUCUUAUGUGUUACGUUGCCAAUGGUCAUAUCAUGGCUUUUAGUCUACCGAGUUUGAAGCCACUAUGUGAUGUCACCUUCCUACCACUCACAGACUAUAGAAUGGCUAGGACGUUUAACUUCAGUAACAAUGGCCAUGCAAUGUUUCUGUGCUCUCCAACAGAACUGCAAAAGAUUACUUAUUCUGCUGAUAUUAGUGAAACUUUAAACGACAUGCUUGGAGAUUUAUUUUUGGCAUGUGAUACCCCAGAAGCACCAAAACAAAGUUUUUUCAAAAACCUGUUUAGUGGCGGACAAGCCAUAUUUGACAGGGAAGAACUAUUUGGUGAGUCCAGUGGCAAGGCAUCGAAAGGCUUGGCUAAACAUAUUCCUGGCAGUGGUUUACAACACCUGCAGGGCCAGAGUGGCUCGGCUGCAGGAGAGGUGGCCAGGGCUCGACAGGUGAUGGUUGAACGCGGAGAGAAGCUAGGUGACCUUGGUGACAAGACGGAACAGAUGAUGACCCAGGCAGAAAGCUUUGCACAGGCAGCUCACCAAAUCAUGACCAAGUACAGGGACAAGAAGUGGUACCAGUUUUAGGCUGAAGCUAGCUUUCCUUGUGAUGCACCUGUAGCACGUGUUUGAUAGUUGUCACUCUGUCGGUGGCUGUUGUGGUCCCUUGUAGCACGUCUGGGCCUCAAUGCAGAGCCCAUUCCUCGGAGCGUUCACCGAUAUACUCGGGUGUUCUGCUGAUAGAGCCGCAGGGCAGAGCGCAGUGACGCAGGGAGAGACUGACGGGCUGAACAUGGCUGAACAAAUACCUCUAGGCUAAGAGAUGUUUACUGCUCAAACUUGUGUGAUUCCUCUUUGUUUUGUCAUUGACACAAAUGAUAAAAGAAUUGUGAUCCGAACCUCUUCUUGUUGCUGAAAUAUUGAACUGUCAUUACUGCAUAAUUAUCAUGUAAAUUGUAUAGAAUGUAUAUUAUAAAAAAAAAAGAUUUACGUUUACUUUUGUAAUUAUUGUAUAUCAUUCAACACUGAUUUAGGAUAGACUCAUUUUCAAUCCUGGAUUGUAUUGGUAUGUUGUCAUCUGACUGAUGAUGUGUUAUAUAUUUUCUCUUUUUUAAUACUUUGUGAUUGUAGACAUACUUAUUGGAUCACCCUAGGAUCCACUUGUCGUUUAUGAAGGUGGAGGAGUAAAGUGCAAUAUUUGAAAGGAAACAGGUGAUGUGACAUUCAUGCGUUUUUCUGAUUAUGUGACAAAUAUGCGAAACUGUUCUUGAAUGACCUAUUAAUUAUUCAUUAUCUGGAGAA